ACUGCUCAUUAAUUACCAUUGGGACUGCCCUAACUCUUGUGAUGCUCAAAGCAAAAGCAUCUGUGACCUUGAUUUCAGCUCACUAUUCUUUGUUGCUAAUCAAUGCGUUGGGGUUUGACUCUUCUAGACACUUCACACUAGCAAACUUCCACACAAACCCCAGGCCGUCUCUAAGGACAAAUCUAGCUAGUUUGGCAGCCAAAGGAAUCUUCGUCUGUUACACUCCACAAAGACCCGAAAAAGUGCCAUCUUUUUCUUUUUUCUUGGUGGACGAAAGGAAGAGGAAGAAUGAGCUCAUAGGAGGCAACAAGUGAUGAGGAGUUUAGGAUUCGUGUUGCUGUUGGUGGCGACGGCAACAUUGAUCAAGCCAUCAGUAGUAGUAGGGGCAGAGGAGGAGGAGGGCUGGGAGCGUUUCUUGUUGCAGUGGAGGCAGCAUACUUCUCUUCCAGCGCCACUUCUGAAUGGGGAUCUGGUGGAUAGAAUAUGGUCAAUUUGCUUACCAGACAUGGUUGGUGCAGAGGAAAUAUUGGGAAAUUUACUGCAAUUUGCUUCAGAUGAACUAUUGAGUCAGUCAUCAGAGAAUGCUUUGAAGGCAAUGCUGUUUCUGGAGUUUCUAUCUCUUCUUUCCCCUGAAAAAUUAUCCAUUACCUAUGAUUGUAUCCAUGCAAACUACUUCAGUUUGGGCAUUCCACAAGAAUUCAGUGUUUCACUGGCAACCUACAUUGAGAGCCAUCAGUUGUUGCUUGGUCCGAACUUUUAUGCAAGGCGGCAUUUGGCUGACAACUCAAUUGGAGAUGCUCCUUCCAUGGCUCCAGAAUUUGCGCCGUCCAUGUCCUCUGGCGAUGAAGUGAAGUUUCCUCAAUCUGUUACAGAAACACCAUAUGCGCCUUCCAGCUCUCACAACAAUGAAAAUACCAACCAACCUCAUCACAGUAAACCUGCACAGAAGCAUCAGGGAGUGCCUCCAAUUUCACUUCUGGAGAAGCAUAAGGACUAUGUUAGAUUAGUCUUGAUCGUGGUUCUUCCAACAGCGGCGUUCUCAUUCAUUGUUGCAUUUCUAAUUUUCUACUGCUGUGGAUGCAACAAGAACAAGGUCUCUGUCAGUGAGCAACGAGAUGAUCAUCCUCUUCUUCACAUGCAGUUGGCUAAUAUGCCUGGUUCAUCACCCGAUGUCCGUGUUCCUGCGAAUCCACUUCACAAGGAUAAUCAAAGUUAUUCUGGAGUCAGCAUAAGUCAGUGCUUUUCAUGCUGUUUUAAAAGAUCAAUUGAUGCCACACUACCUUCAGAAGCGAUUGGAGGAACACCAGAGAAUAAUGUCACAAGUGAUGCUCCUAAACCGAUGCCACCUCCACCUCCUCCACCUUUGCCACCUCCGAUCAAAAAGACUCCUCCUCCCCCACCUGGACCUCCCAAAGGUUCUAAAGCAAGACUUGCUCAGCUGUCACCUGUUGAGUCAAGUCGUUCUGAAGGAUCAUCUGCCGGCGAGCAGACCAGCGAAUCAUCUGAAGCAGAAGUUAAUGCUCCAAGAGCCAAGCUUCGACCUUUCUAUUGGGACAAAGUUCUUGCUAAUCCUGAUCAGUCAAUGGCAUGGCAUGAUAUCAAAUUUGGUUCUUUUCAUGUGAAUGAGGAUAUGAUAGAGGAAUUGUUUGGUUAUAGUGGUGGCAACGGAAACAACCUCAAGGAUAAGGAACUCCCCUCUGCGGAUCCUGCAUCUCAGCACAUUUCUCUGCUCAAUGUUAAGAAAUCAUGCAACCUGGCAGUUGUUUUUAAGGCAAUGAAUAUCAGGGUACAAGACAUUCAUGACGCUCUUAUUGAAGGGAAUGAACUUCCUAGGGUGCUUCUUGAGACAAUCUUGAGAAUGAAGCCAACUGACGAGGAGGAGCAGAAGCUCAGGCUUUAUAAUGGGGAUUUCUCGCAGCUAGGCCUUGCAGAACAAGUGAUGAAGGCACUAAUUGACACUCCUUUUGCUUUCAAGAGGGUUGGCACGUUGCUUUUCAUGUCCUCCUUGCAAGAAGAUGCUUCAAGUCUUAGGGAUUCAUUCCACCAGUUGGAGGCUGCUUGUGGGGAACUAAAGCACCGCCUUUUUCUGAAAUUACUAGAAGCUGUUCUCAAAACCGGAAACCGUUUGAAUGAUGGGACCUUCCGUGGUGGUGCUAAUGCAUUCAAGCUUGACACUCUUCUGAAGUUAUCAGAUGUCAAGGGUGCUGAUGGAAAGACCACAUUGCUACACUUUGUUAUUCAAGAGAUUAUUCGGUCUGAAGGUGUCCGUGAAGCAAGGUUAGCCAUGGAAAGUGGAAGAAGUCUAACUCAUAGUACUCCAGACGACAAUUCCAACAGAUCUAUUGAAGAGGAUGGCGAUUACUACUGUAACCGUGGCCUUAGCAUUGUGUCAGGACUUAGUAGUGAGAUGGACAAUGUCAAGAGGGUAGCUGCACUAGAUGCUGAACCUUUGUUUGCCACUGUGGUAACCCUCAGACAAGAGUUACUGAAAUCAAAGGAGUUCCUGAAUGAAAUUGCAACAAUAGAAGAGACGAGUGGAUUCCGACGCUCAUUGGAAUGUUUUGUGGAACAUGCAGAUAACGAGACAAAUUUUUUUAUGAAAGAAGAGAAGCGGUUGAGAUCAUUAGUGAAGAAAACAAUCCGAUAUUUCCAUGGAAAUGACUCUAAAGAUGACAGUUUUCGGUUGUUUGUGAUUGUAAGAGAUUUCUUGGUGAUGCUUGAUAAGGCAUGCAAGGAAGUUGGGGCAUCACAGAAGAAGGGUACAAAUAAAUCACGGAGCAGUGGCAAUGGCAACCCUACGUUCCCGUCACUCCUACAGGAGCAACAGUUCCCUGCUGUUAUUGAUGGCCAUUCAGAUAGUUCACGUUCUAACGAUUAACGAUGAGAUACUGACCUUUUUGUUGUAAAGAGAAAUCCAUUUCGAAGAGGAACUAUGUUAGCAUACAUGUAAGGUUUCUUUU